ACUUCAGCAGGCAACGAUUCAACGUUCGGAUCGGAAGACUGUUUCAAUUUCUACAAGUUCUUCUAUCGCAUCAAUCCCGUCCAACAGCACCUGUUGAACCCAUGCAACCAGGCAAUUUUCGACAGCAAAAGUCCCCACCGCCGCUAAAAUCAUUGCCUCGGAGCUGAACGCAAGAACGGACCUGCGAAAUCUCUUCAUACCAACCUGACGCAUCAAUCUAUACCUUAAGCCUUCCAUCCAUCAUCUUAUCUGCGGGCCUACAAACGUAAACGAAGCCAGACGUGACCAGCCUGUAGCAAACACAGCCGCAAAUCAAUCUGACACAUGACAGCGGUCACGCGUCACGACUUACGCGACACAUUCUCAACCCAUCCUCACCAAGAUGGCACCGAGAAUCGAGCGGAUCAAACUCUACGGCUUUUGCUGGGACACACAAGAGCGGUUGCCGUUCAAUCAGCAGUGGGCUUGUGCCUUCCAUCAAAGCCAUUACACCAACGAAAACAACCCCAUGUGGGAUUCAAUCGACGAUCCGAGCAAGCGGCGUGAGGUGAGAUAUGCAAACAACAUAUAUGUGCUCUUCCGCGCUCUUCUGCAUUGCAAGAACUUCUUCGGCCAAGAAAACUUGUGGGCCGCCAUCGCUCGCGGAUUCAACACCAGCGUGGCAACUGCGAAAACCACCGCUGAGAUCCUGAGUGCCGCGCGCAGGGCUCACCGCGGAAAGCCCCAGAGCACGGUAUCCGAUACAGCACGCGCUGCGGAUGAUUGGAUUGACUUUGUCGACAGCCUUGGUCCGGUUCCUCGUAUGCUGUCUGAUUCCAACGUCUACAAGGUAGCCAACGCCUUUUUUGAUUCUCAAGAGAAGAAGCAUGUCAACGCCGGGGGGGUGCCUGUGAACGGCCGACCAGCACGCCAGGCACCGCGAGAACCACGAGAAGAGCCCGGCACACCACACGGUCGGCCCCCCUCGCCGUACGUCAAGACGGAGAUGCCAAGAGAUUCCGCCAGUACACAUCGGCAGCCGUUUUCCUCUCACAAGCGCUCUCCUUCUCCGCUGCAUGACCGGAGUCCCAAGAUGAGGCGGUUCGAUCACGAUGCCCGGCAAAAGGCCCGGGCUGAGCCUGAGAGGCAUGGCGCACUCGAUGAGCUGCCCAUGAUACAACCUACGCAAAGCCCUCCUCGACGACUGAGUACCUCAAAGCCGGCUCAGCCCGUGCCCCAGCCAAGUGCUCCGGCGAAACGCGAAGAAGCCUCCAACUCCUCCUCACUGCCAGCAAAGCAAAUCCCACCUGCGUCUGCACCGAGCGGGCCCUCGAGGAGAGAUUCCAUUAGCUACUCCACGCUACCAACAAAGCCAGCACAGGCUUUGUCCCGACCCAGUGCCCCGCAGAGCAGAGAGGAGUCACUCAACUCAGCCAAGACCGGCGCCCUGAAAGGCGAGGUAGCAAGUCUGGAGAAGCAGCUGGCCGAGGCGAAGAGCAAGCCAAGCGCUGCUCCUGUUGCCGACAUCCCAAGCCAGCUCACCGAGUACAUGGGCGAACUCAAGAGCUCGAUGGCCAGUGCAACCAACGCCAUCGAAGUCAUGAUGGAGUCCAUGCACCACACCGUCGACAACCUGAACUCGUGCAAAGACGAAGUCUCGGGCCUCUCAACCCAACAACAAGAACUCGCGGCUACCGUACUUCAACUCAACAAGGACACCAACAUCAAGCUCGACACAAUCCUCCAAUCAAUGCAAACCCUUGCAAGCACCAUUGACACUCUCCGCAACGAGGUCUCCCAACUCAAGGACCAGGCCCCUCCCGCAACCGGUACACAAGCGGAAAGCACAAACACCAGCCAGCUCAGAACCCUGUUCCAGGAGCAAAACACACGCAUGGAAAAUUUCUUCCGCGAGGUCCAAGCCAGCCUGCAGGCCCAGGUAAAACCCUCGCAACCACAACCUCAGACUCUCCGGCAAGCCAUGGCCGCCGCUGAGCGGGACCUGGCGCGCCACAUGGGCACGAUUGAAACGUUCUAUCACCGCGGCGGUGUCAGCCGUGCAGUCACCGAGCAAACUGCCGACGUGUUGGCAGCUUUGUCGGAGGGGUUGAGGGCUGCGAAGGCGGGGCAGGAGCAGUAGGGCGCUUUGAUUGGUAUCUACCCUGUAUGCUUCAUACAGGGACAUAAUCAUCACAGUAUAUGAGGAUGAGGAGGACGGAGGGCAGACGCAUAGGAUCACAGAUUUGCUACAGAGGGUUAGCUGCUUCAACAAGCAUCCCAGGCGUUACUUACCUUACUAUUUCCCCUUACGUAAAAUCACUAGGGAUUCCAGUUUGCAGCCAAAGAUGUGAUUGUAUCCACUG